AUAUGCCUCAUCGACCUGGAGAGAUACAAAAAGUUCGGGAGAUUGUUCGGCGCCUUCGAACAAGGGAAACCCUGCAUCUUUGUCGCAGAACCCGAUCUUAUAAAGGAGGUUUUGGUCAAGGACUUUCAGCACUUGCCAAACAGAGUGAUGCAAAAAACGUCAAUUCCUAUAAUCGACAACAUGAUUGCCAGAGCCACCGUGGAGCGCUGGCGACCGAUCCGCACCGCGACAAGCCCGGCCUACUCCACUGCAAAGCUUCGUAAGAUGACUACUCUGAUUCAGCAAUGCGCAAUGACUAUGUCAAGUCAUCUCAAAGAAGCUGCGGAAGGCAAUGAAGACGUCGAUUUGAGAAGGAUCUAUGGCCACUAUUCACUCGACGUGAUUGCACGGUGCGCGUUCGGCACAAGAAUCGACUCCCAUGCGGACUCCGCCAAUGCGUUUGUGACCAAUGUUAGCAAGUUGUUUGCUGAAAGAAGAAUGUCCUGGAGGGUUGUUCUACGUCACGAGGAUUUCUUGCAGCACAUGAUGGACGCCCAAGAAGGUAGCCUGGCUUUAAGUGAGGACAGCACAGAGGAGCCUGAGAACAAGCUCUUCGACGUUGGUUUGGAUAAGAAGCCGGCUUCGGCAAACAAUAAUAAACGUCUGACUGAGAUGGAGGCAAUGGCGCAAUGCGUGCUCUUCUUUCUCGCUGGUCAGGAGACUACGCUGACAACGCUAACCUUCGCCGCAUACCAGCUUGCACUUAAUCCCGCCAUCCAAGAAAAACUCCGAAAGGAAGUGGAUGAGUGUAUUGCCGCGAACGGUCCGGAGCCCAGCUUGGACGUCAUAUCGAAGUUGAAAUAUUUGAACUGCGUUGUCUCGGAAGCGCUACGCUUGCUGCCCCCCGUGGUGAGGCUUGAACGGUGCGGCACCAACGACUACGUUCUCGGCGACACUGGUAUGAAGCUUCCAAGCGGGUGCACCGUUAUUAUACCCGUAUACUCAAUCCAUCACGAUCCGGAGUUCUUCUCGGAUCCUGAAUGUUUCAGACCUGAUCGGUUCAACGAGGAGAAUGUGGGAUCCAUCCAUCCCUACACCUAUCUUCCUUUUGGUGCUGGACCACGUAACUGCAUCGGAAGCCGUUUCGUGCUUCAGUCCAUCAAGAUGUGCCUGCUUCACUCAGUGCAUAGUGUUGAGUUCACAAAAACUGACAAGACGAAGGUUCCUCUAAGCAUUAAACCAGGUAUUGGCGUCUUGACAACAGAAGACAUCACUCUUGGAAUACGGAGACGGCUCUCUGGUCACUAUGCGCUCGAUGUGAUAGCAAGGUGCGCUUUCGGCACAAUACUUAACUCCCACGCAGACUCAUCAAAUGUGUUUGUGGCGAAUGUAAGCAAGUUAUUUUCUGAAAGGAGAAUGUCUUGGAGGGUCGUUGUUGCAACCCUUUUUCCUGGACUCGUGAAGUGCUUCCGAUUAAAAACACAAAACUCUGCUAACUACGAGUUCUUCAUUAAUAUUUGCGAGCGCAUCAUGAACGAGAGACGCCAAGCUGGCCAGCGUCAGGAGGAUUUCUUGCAGCUCAUGAUGGACGCCCAAGAAGGUGGCCUAGCUUUCAGCGAGGAUAGCACGGACGAGCCAGCGAACAAGAUCUUUGAUGUUGACGCUGAGGUGGUUCUUUAAACAUGUGUUUUUGUUUCCUCCCACAAAGGUCUGAAUGAAAUCGAGGCAAUGGCGCAGUGCGUAAUCUUCUUCCUGUCUGGUCAAGAAGCUGUGUCGACUACGAUAACCUUCGCCGCGUACCAGCUGGCGCUUAAUCCCGUCAUCCAAGAAAAUCUCCGAAAGGAAAUGGACGAGUGUAUUGCAGCGAAUGGCCCGGAGCCGAGCUUGGAGGUCACAUCGAAGUUGAAAUACCUGCAUUGUGUUGUCUCAGAAACACUACGAAUACUUCCCUCCGCAUCGAGACUUGAGCGGUGCGGCUACAAUGACUACAUUCUUGGCAACACUGGUAUCAAGCUUCCAAAAGGGUGCACCGUUUUUAUCCCCGUUUAUGCUAUGCAUCACGACCCGGAGUUCUUCCCCGAUCCUGAGAGUUUCAAACCUGAACGAUUCAGCGAGGAGAAUGUGGGAUCCAUUCGUUCGUACACAUAUCUUCCUUUCGGCGCUGGUCCGCGGAACUGCAUUGGAAGCCGCUUCGUUCUCCAAACGAUCAAGCUGUGCCUGUUUCAUUCGUUGCAUAGUGUUCAGUUCACUCGCACUGACAAGACCAGGGUUCCCUUGAGCAUCAAGAGAGGGUUUGGUGGCUUGUGUACAGAACGCGUCACUCUUGGAAUACGAAGAAGGCGAGAUCAUCGCCUCUGACGCGCGGGCUCAGGAAAGAAAAUAUAAAAAACAAGACAACUGCAUAUUCAAUGACCAUCACGCAUAAAAAAACCAGCUCUUCCACGAGGGCGUCUACUACAAAAGACCUUUCCGUAAAUCGCAGUGUCGCGCUAGCCCCUGGUGAACGCGCAAGGCGCUGUGGGAAAAAUGAGCGCGAGCACGCGGUAGAAGAGCGAGCAGCCCUCCGUACAAAGUUGUUCCGAUUGUGUGCUAGCAGAAUUUUGUGCGUGUACUCGUGCGUUUUGUUUAAUUAUUUUGCCGCGUGGUUGGCACAGGCUUCCCCUAGUGACACAAUGCAGUCAAGACGACGAGGUUGGACUGACGCGAUUUGUUCCAGGUUCAACACGAUGAAGAAGGCAAACCUUUCGUUGCAGUAUUUCCCUAAAAACGAGAAGCUGAAAGGGGAGUGGGCGAGGCGGAUAAACCGGCAAGGACGAGGAGGACGGUUUACAGUUUGGCAGACCUCUGCGCACG